GAUGCCAAUCACUCCUUGGAGGUCCUCUGCCGUUUCUCCUCCCUUUUUCCUUCCAGCACAUACAGGGCAAAGGGAGGAAAGCUCAACUCUCCCAGUUUUCUGUCCCAAAGGAAACUGAGGUGGCUGUCUCCUCCUUCAAGUAUCCAGGUACCUGUUUUCAUGUUGUUUGCAGAUAAUAGGUAUCUUUGAGGCUUUCAGCCCACCGUCAGAUAUAGAUGAAGUAGGAUAUAGCAUAUAAAUUAACAGUGUGACUUGACAGGCAGAACAACAAAAACACUUCCUUUCCUUUAACCAGACUAAGCAAACGAAAAAAAACCCCAAACACUUCAGUUACUAGAGUUACUUUCAGUGCCUAGUGCUGAAAAGGGAUAAAAAAAAGACUAGAAAACAGCCAAGAUACAAACCACACAAUGUCAGGAUACAAACAACAAAUUGGUGUUACUUCUCCAGCUGAUGUGCUACAUUCAGCUUCCGCCACCUCAAAAAAGGAAUGAAAUAAACAGCUCAUGGGCAGAGAUGAGCUAUUAAACGAUAAAAAUGGUUGGAUUUAAGGCUAAAACCUUUUCCCCUGAAAUUCAGAGGGAUCUAUGUGGAUGUGACACAAGACUAUUCAUUAAGGAAUGGUUGGCCCUCCCUGGCAGAUGGUGGGCCGCGCUUUGGGCGGGAAGGGGCAGCGAGAGCUGAGGUGGCUGUUGUGACAUUCUGAGGGGUGGGCAGCACAGCGAGAAUGUUUCCUGAGGGGUUGGGGCAGGCUUGUUUGGUGUUGGGAGUGUGAAAAUUCUCAAGGAGCAGAGUAGAGGAGGGAAGUGACAGUUGACUGGCCAACAGUGGUGACAGCCCUAAAAGCAGAUGGUAAAAGUGGUUUUCUAGUCAAGACCACUAAUUUUCAGGCACAGUUCAUCCAUUUUACAUUGAAUAUAAUAGUCCUGAACAUACACUCAUUGCACAUUUUCUUCAGAGCUUGGCAUCAUUUUCAACAACAACACAGUAUUUCUCCAUUAACGUCUUCUAUCUGAAGUGAGACAAAGAUGAAAUUUUUUUCUAGUCAGUGUUUUGAUUUUUUUUUUGUAGUACUGAUUUAUGACUUACAGUUUGACUUUUUUUUUCUUUUUUUUUGUCUUAAGCUAAGAAUAGUUUAAUAAAUAACACACAGUUACCAUAUAGUAAUGGCAAUGAUGUAAAUAUUCAGGCUGAGUAUGAAGGUGCGCUCUAAGGACCAUUUAGGAUUGCUGUAUUAAAAUACUAAGGACCUGCAGAGAAGCCAGAGAAACCACUGAUAAUUCGUUUUAAAAAUAUGCUGGAAGAAAGAGUUUUAAUUCUCAGUCACUGCCUUUGAGCAUCCACCCACUGGUCCACAAACAAAAUUGUGUGUAUGCAACCAAACAAAAUUUCCCACAGGGAAGUCCUUAUUAUUGUUCUCUUAUGUUAACAGGUAAUAAAAAGAUGAUAAGACAAUUCAUUUCUUUUCUUGUUUUCACAGAAUCACAUAAUCAUUGGGUUAUAAGGGACAUUAAAGGCCAUUCAGGUCCACCCUGUGCUUUGGGCAGUGCCACCCACCGGCUCUGGCUGCUCAGGGCCCCAUCCAACCUGGCCUUGAAUGUCUUCAGGGAUGGGGCAUUCUCAGCUUCUCUGGGCAGCUGUGCAAGGGCCUCACUGCUCUUUUACGUCCUUUAUAGGUCAUUCCUUUUGUCUGAAAUGGCUAAGGAGAAUUAUCCUUCACUAACUGAAGUUGUAAAACAAGUUGCUGAGCAGCAGCAUUUACAGUCAUCAGAGAUAGAAAAAAACAAAAUCAUUCUUUUCCAACUGCAGGUUAGAUAUCAGGAACUAGAAAAAGAAAUGGAUUCUAUUAUGUUAGAAAUGAAGACAACAGAAAGGGAAAUAUAUCUGCAAGAUGAUGCCAUAGCAGUGACAAAAUAUCACUGUGAAAGCCUAGAAGCUGAAGUCAGAGCUCUAUAUUCUGAAAAUAUGAAGCUGAGGUUUGAUACAGAAACAAUACAGGAAGAAUAUGAGAUGACAUCUGCAAGAAAUAGUAAAUAUCGGGAAAAAAUAAAAGCUCAUAAAAGUCUCUUUUGGGAGAUGGAAAGUAAAAUGCCCAUUGUGAUUGAGCUUGCUGAAAAGAAAGCUAUUGUUAAAGAGCUGAGAACAAAGAAAGAAGAGUUAAUGAGUGACCUCCAGAAUCCAGAAGGCUCUGCUAUAAAGCAAAUGCAGGAAGAAAUUGCACUUAUAAAACAGGAAAUCACAUCUGUGAAGGAUUUCAUCAAGAAAAAAACAGAUUUGCUGGAAGAAAUAAAAAAAGCUCAUGCUAAGCUUAGAAAAGAAAUUGAGGUACAGAAUAAAAGAUACGAUGCUAUUCUGAAACGUUUGCACUGUCAGCUGAACAAACUGCAUUCAAAUAAAAGACAAUGGCACUGGAACAUUCAGCAGAUGGAGAAAAAGGCAGAAGAACUUAGAAAGUGCCUUGGAGAAGUGGAGUUACAGAUUAGCAUCUAAAACAAACCUAAUGAAGCUAUAAUGCAAUACAGUGUGGGUAAUUUUUUCCAGGCAGGAUAGGGUUUUUUUCUUACUUGUUUGUUGGUUUGGGUUUUUUUAUUUGUUCAAAUACUACAAACAGUAAAGUAUAUAGCUGCGCCAAA